CCCAUCUCCCCUGGCAGAUAUGUGACUGGUGGGCAAGAUUAAAGCGAGAGACGUUCUCAGCCCCACAACUCCUAAGAGCCAAGGCUCUCUGUCUAAAACUUGUGGUGUCCAUCAACUGAGCAAAUACCAAAUGAAUCAAACCAAAAGUUGACAAAACGAAACACAUCUCCACUCCGUAGUCCAGUCCCCUCUCUCUCCCCGUUCAUAUGAUGUCUGUGUCGCCUGCUUAUUAAAUACCCACAUUAUCCUCAUCCAUUUCUCUAAUCUCCUCUAAUACUAUAAAAGAAAAACAUCUCUUUUUUUUUAUUCUUCCCUACCACCAAUCCUAGUCCUUGCCAUCAUCAUCAUCAUCACCAACCAACCCCAACAACAAAACAGCUGCCUCUGCGUAUCAUUUCAUUUGAUUAUAAAACAUCUUGUUUCCUUUUGCUUUUUAGUUGGGGUUGUUCUUUUGUGUCUAGGGCCUAUUCUUACGUGAAAAGAAGAUGAAUAUUUUUGCUGGUUGAUUGGGAGAGUAUAGGAGUGAGAGAGAAUUAUGCGAACCCUUUGUGACGCUUGUGAAAGUGCUGCUGCUGUUCUCUUCUGUGCUGCCGAUGAGGCUGCUCUUUGCCGUGCCUGCGAUGAAAAGGUCCACAUGUGCAAUAAGCUUGCUAGCCGGCAUGUCCGGGUCGGUCUGGCAAAUCCCAUUGAUGUUCCUCACUGUGACAUAUGUGAAAAUGCACCUGCUUUCUUUUACUGUGAGAUAGAUGGAAGUUCCCUUUGUUUGCAAUGUGAUAUGAUUGUACAUGUUGGGGGUAAAAGAACUCAUGGAAGAUAUGUUCUAUUAAGGCAGAGAGUAGAGUUUACAGGGGAUAAACCUGGUAAUAUAGAUCAGGACCCAGCUUCACAACCGGUGGAUCCCAGUGAGACAAGAAGAGUCCAAAUUCAGCCAGCUAAACCAAUAAUGGGAGAGAACCAACAAAAUCACAGCGUCUCUCCUGUUCAAAGGAUAGAUGUUAAUGCUGAUGGCCACGUCAAAAUAGAUACUAAAAUGAUUGAUUUGAAUAUGAAGCCUCGUCGAAUACAUGGACAAGCCUCAAACAAUCAGGAACAAUAAUUCACUGUUCUAAGCAGAUGUGAUGAUGAUUAGGAGACCUGGUUCUCGGUUCGAUUUUAUAUGGAAGCCAGAAGCCUCGACGGCCUCUGUUUACUUUUGUUAACUGCUCCGUACCUGGUAAACUUAUCAUCUUCAACAAUUGGCGUAGUUGUUUAGAGUAGUUUUCAGACAGCUUUAUAGCACCUGCUGCAAAGUAAAAGAAUGUCUUCUGUCGUUCUUCUGUAAAUUUUGUUUGUGAUGUUGAAAUGGCAUUGUAAAAAACGGCACUUUUUGUGACUUCUUAAAGCACUUGGGAGCAUUUGGUAAUGCUUGGGAGAUUAAUGCUUAAAGAGUAAUGUAUACCCAGAGAAUCUCUUAAUUCAGCUAAUGCUAACAUGAAACUAGAAAAAAAAUAA